GAGGCAGGCACCGCACAGACUGGAGAGAGAGGUUGCCAGAGCAAGUCUAGGGCUGAACUCCUGCUGGGGAAACUUAGCGCACGGAGGGGUGGGGGCAGCCCAUGCUGCCCCCCCUGCGGCACCUGGCCCGAAGCUAUGCCAGCCCCCCAGAGGCCUCUGGGCAGGGGCUAGAUGGGAUCCUUGCUUCUGAGACUCCCAGGGUGAAACACUAGGGAGGAUGCCCAGCUGUGUCCUGCUGCCUGCCUGAGAGCCGCGGGGAGCAGCCGAGGCCGGGGCUGCCGGGAUGGGGAGCUGGGUUUGACGGGAACGAGCCGCCUGCGGGACCAUUUUGCCCCGUGGUUUGGCGGGGGGACCCGAGCCGUGUGUGUGGAGGGGCGCAGGGCGGUCAGCGAGGCUGUCAUCUCCCCCGCCGCCAGCCCGGAGCCGCUCGCCAGCCACAGCCUUUGCCGGAGAGGGGCAGGAGGACUCGCGGGCCGGCGGGUGCGGGGGGAGCCCUCUCUCCGGUCCCACGCUCCGGCCCCGCCAGGGCGCCUCGGAUGAGAGCGGGGGGUCCAGCGGGGGAUCCGGGCCGCUCCCACCAUGCCGUUCCACCCAGUGACCGCGGCGCUCAUGUACCGGGGCAUCUACACCGUCCCCAACAUCCUCGCGGAGCAGCACCCCGUCGAGAUCCCCGAGGACGAGCUGGAGGAGAUCCGGGAAGCCUUCAAAGUGUUCGACCGGGAUGGGAAUGGCUUCAUCUCUAAGCAGGAGCUGGGCACGGCCAUGCGCUCCCUGGGCUACAUGCCCAAUGAGGUGGAGCUGGAGGUCAUCAUCCAGCGGCUGGACAUGGAUGGGGAUGGGCAGGUGGAUUUUGAGGAGUUUGUGACGUUGCUGGGGCCCAAGCUCUCCACCUCAGGGAUCCCCAAGAAGUUCCAUGGCACAGACUUCGACACCGUCUUCUGGAAGUGCGACAUGCAGAAGCUGACGGUGGAUGAGCUGAAGCGGUUGCUCUACGACACCUUCUGCGAACACCUGUCCAUGAAGGACAUUGAGAACAUCAUCAUGACGGAGGAGGAAAGCCACAUGGGCAAUGCCGAGGAGUGCCCCGUCGAUGUGGAGCCCUGCUCGAACCAGCAAAUCCGACAGACGUGCGUCCGGAAGAGCCUCAUCUGCGCCUUCGCCAUCGCUUUCAUCAUCAGCGUCAUGCUGAUUGCUGCCAAUCAGGUGCUGAGGAGCGGGAUGAAGUAGCCCAGACAGACAGACUGCUUACCAGAAGAACAAAGACAGACAUAUAUAAAUAUAUAUAUAUAUAUAUAUAUAUAUAUUAUAGAAUAUAUACACAAAGAGGGGAGGAAAAAAGCAAAUUAUUCCUCCAUGGAACGUGUCCUGUGCACACCCACCAACUCCUCACCCACAUCCGCCCUUCCCCUCCUCCGCUGGGAGCGCCCUUCCAGGAGAUGGGGCCAUCGUGUCUGCUGAGCGCAUGGGUUCCCCUGGGGCGGCUCCCACUCGCCUCGGGGCAAGAGAGGUCACCUGGACUCGCAUGGCUGUUUGCGGAACAUUUAGAUUAAAACAAAAGUGCAUGUACCGUGCAUGGAGUCCCCCCCUCAGUCUGAGUGAUGCAAUAGCGUGUGCUUUUAUAACCGGAGAUUAGAGGCCUAUCAGAUAUAUAAUAUAUUCUAUAUCUCUAUAUUUAUGAUAAACCAAAUCAUCCCGUAAGCAAUACACACUCAUCGAGAUUUUCUAUUUGAGAUUUGGGCAUUGCAUGGACCUCAAUAACAAGGGCUGGAUUCCACCACUAGCUGUAGCACCAUCUCCCCAUAACCAUCUCCACAUGUCCCAGAAACCACACACUUUUCACCCCAGCUGUGUGCUGUUGUCAUCAGGAAGCCUGUUGUAUAUGGCCCUGGGUGUGGGGGCAUUGGCAAAGACAGGCUGCAGGAAUCGUCAGGUUUUACACUCAGUCUGUACUGCAACUCAGGCCCCAUUGCCACCAGAAAAUCCACAUGUGAGACAUUCCCUAGCUGCUCGUGCCAGGGUGUGAAUAAAGCUCCCUAUCAGAAAGGGGCAUCCAGGCUCGCUGAGGGAGUUCACACUAUGCGUGACUCAUCUGCUUUUGGCCUGUUCAGCCCCCUCUGGGACUGUCCUAUAGACUAUGCCCAAUUGCCCCCAUCUUCCAGUGUGGCCUAGUGGACAGACCAGUGGACUGGGACUUGGGUUCUAUUCCCAGCUAUGUCACUGGCCUACUGGGUGAACUUAAGUAAGUCUCUGUGCCUCAGUUUCCCCAGCUGUAAAAUGGAGAUAAUGAUGCUUCCCCUGAUUAAAAGUGCUGUAUAACAGCUGGGUUAUUAGCCCAGUAACCCUCUGGGCCCCAAAGAUAGUCAUCCAUUGCGGAAUGUAGCUGGCCAUAGUCUGUCCUUGAUCACAUUACCACCCCUCUUUAAGAGGGGGGCUGCCUCAGCUCUCAGCCCCUCUGUGUCCUGUCUGGAGAGCCACUUCUGAACUGCCUUCCUGACACAGCCCUCUCGUCCCAUGUCACCUCUGUGUGCUCCCUCCCCGUGUCCGUCCCUGACCACCACAUGCACUCACACCUCUACAGCCUGGAUGUAGCAUCAGACCA